AUGAAGUUACUCAACCAGUUGUGCCAACCUCUGGACACCAGUCGAGGCGAUGUCAUGCUACGAAUACUUGAGCAUAGCCUGAACCCCGACAAAACACUGAUUCCACAACACCUAAAGGAUCCUAUACUGAUCUCAAUCGAUGUCGGCGCUAACUCAGAACACAAUUUAAAAUUGAGCGAUGUGGGCAUCGCAUGCCUAGACUCCCGCUUUCUCACAAGUCCAGGCAUUGUGAACGCAGUAAGCACCAGACUGCUGCAGGUUCGACGACGAAGGCCUUCUCGCAAACGCCACUAUUACUUCGGUGAACCAGAAAAAUGUCCAGCGGACACGAUUCAAGACAUACUCCAGAAAAUCUUCAACCAAAACGAUGAAGAGCAAGGAGGUCUCCGCAAUGUCUUCUUGGUAGGACACGACAUCCCGAACGACGUGUCUUUCCUCAGGAAGAUCAUAGGCUUCGAUCUCGGCUCGAUGCCCUCGAUCACCGCCUUGAUAGACACUCAGCAGCUCGCCAGAUCUGUCUUUACGAGUCAGUAUACGCACCCCCCGUCUCUGAAAGACACGAUGCAGAAUCUGGGGGUAAGAGCCCUCGCGCUUCACAACAGUGGCAACGAUGCGAUGUACACCCUCAAGAUCGUUUUUCAUCUACUAUGCAUCCACCACACGGCCGCCGUCGAGCGAUCAGAGCCAUACGUCCAACCUCGAUCAUAUUACUACGACAAGAAGCCCACUGCGCUGCUCUGGCGAGAGCGCCUCGAUCUUCUGAAACAAGCUGUAGACUGCUAUCCCACAAUCUCGCCUCGAGAACGCAGACUAGCUAGGCGUCGACCUAAACCUCCUCGUGUGGACAAGCCAGACCUAUGGAAUACAGAUUCGACUUCAGAUGAAGAGCCAGAAGGCAUUUUGGCUUCCAUAUUCGGCGAUGAGUUGUGUUCCGAUUUGUGA